CGCCUAAUUCCAAGACUCGUUUCAUCUACUUUGAACAGGCAUCAUGCAGGAUUGACGUAUACUAAUCCUUUCGGGGUGUUCCUCGUCUUGACCAUGGAUGAACGAAUCGUACCUCGGCUCAAACUUCAGCUCCGCGUCGCGAUUACCGCCCCGCUGCGAACUUUGAAGCUUACGACAACAUCUGAGCUUCCUUUUCCUUGAUCUGAGCAUUGUAAUUGCGCAUCGCUAAUACAAACUUCCUAUAUCCAACACAUUGUGCAACCAUCACCAACUUCAUCAUGGGCAAAGAACUGGGUCCUGGCGUCGGCUUCGAGUUUCCCUCGUAUGAGGUGUCAUGGCUCAAGCGCGAUCUCCUGCUCUUCGCAAACAGCAUUGGCGCAACCUACCCGGAUGAACUGCACUUCCUCUACGAACUACACCCAUCCUUCGCAGCCUUUCCAACUUACCCCAUCAUCCUCCCAUUCAAGCACACGGACCAAGAAGUCAUCGACUUCUACGCGCGCAGCAAUGCCGAGCCCAUCGAAGGCGUCCCCAAGUUCGACACCAAGCACGUUCUCGACGGCGAGCGCAAGAUACAAUUCUUCAAGCCACUUCCCGUGAGCAGCGAGGGACGCAAGUUCGAGAUCAGGAGCAAGGUGCUGGGUGUAUACGACAAGGGCAAGGCGACCGUUGUCGAGACGGAGAACAGGCUUGUUGAUGCGAAGACUGGGGAGACGUAUAGUAGGGCUGUUGGCAGUGGGUUUUAUGUUGGUCAGGGUGGUUGGGGUGGACCGAAGGGCCCCAAACAACCCAACUACCCCCCUCCCUCCCGCGCCCCCGAUAGCACACACGUCCACCAGACCACCAUGGAAACCGCACACCUCUACCGCCUAAACGGCGACUACAACCCACUCCACGCGGACCCGGAGCCAGGCAAGAAGAUGGGUUUCGGCGGCCCCAUCAUCCACGGCCUCUUUUCGUGGAACAUGUCUGCGCACGCUAUUCUGAAAGCGUUCGGUGCAUCCAAGCCUGAGAACCUGAAAGAGUUCCAGGCGAGGUUCGCGGCGCCGGUUAAGCCGGGGGAUAAACUGAUUACGGAGAUGUGGAGGACAGGGGAUAGGGAUCAGGAUGGCUUCGAGGAGGUUAGAUUUGUGGUUAAGGUGGAGGGCGGGAAGACGGUGCUUACGAAUGGGAGAGCGUUGGUGAAGUGUGAGGGGGGGAAGGCGAAGUUGUAGGGUCGUAUAUACUUCGCUGAAGACGUUGCCCAGUUGGACGUGUAAAGAUCACAUGAAUAUGAGUAUGUAUCAGCUGUAGCAAGUACAGACCUAAACGGAUACCGUCUUGAGCUCUUCUGUAAGACAUCUGACAUGCAUACCCUCUACCCCGCCUAGAACGGCUAGAUCCUCCGUCACUAUACAUGUUCCCCAUCCGUAAACUUAAUCAAUCAGAUAAGAUGAACGUGCAGCUCACGUGUGUGACAGGGAUGCGGCGCCUCCGCCCGUCA